AUGGCCGAAGGCGACAACCUAUUAGGACUCGUAGGAACCGGGGCUCCAAGACAUGGGAGAUCUACCCGUAGACCUCGAGCGCACACCGCUUCCGCUGCGGACAAGAGGACGAGGACAUCGUCAGAUGCUUCAUCGAGAAACGGCGAUCGUGAAGCUGCAUGGGCUGCACCGCCUUCAUUGAACAGGAUGAGCACGGAAUUCGCUCAAUCGAGGAACAACCUCUUGUCGGCCGAUGAGAGGACUCCACUGAUCGGUGGUGAUCGUAUCGAGAACGGCCGCUCGCCCGGUAAUCGAUCUCACCGAUCCAUCUCGGUGACCGCGACUUCCUACGAUCCGGAAGCCCUCGUCACGCCUCGACGUCCGAGACCGUCUUCCUGGAAAAACAUGCUCCGAGCACCGUCCCAGAUGAAUACGCCGACGCUGCGAGUCAUCGAUACGCCGAAUGGGGAAGCGAUCGUGGUAACCAGGCCAAAGAAGAAGAAGCAUCCGGUCGUGCGAUACCUAUCGCCGUUAUGGAGCGCUACACACUGGAUGGCGUUGUUUCACUUGAUCUUUAUCAACCUGCCUCUGAUGCUGGUUCUCUGGCCCAUCUUGAUCGCCGGAACGCUAGUGGGAACGGUCCUCCUCAUCACCUUACCUCUCGGAGCCAUGGUCUGGUUCCUCGUCCUGAUUCUGGCUCGAUCAGCUUGUCGAGCAGAGAUCGCUAUGCAGCUCUACUUCCAUUCGCCCCUGCGCAGCAACAUCCCCAAGCCCGUCUACUUUACCAUCUUUAAGCGGGUCAAGGUCGUCGCCCAGGGACCUAAUGGUGUGCCUCGACCGGUAGUCGAAGUCCACGACGGGAGCCACGGCGAGGUAGCCCAUCCUGUCUGGGAGAGGAACUUCCUCAAGAACGGUUGGGCCAUGUUUUCGGAUCCACUCAGCUAUCAGUGCUUGUACCAUUUGCUUGUCACCAAAGCCUUCGUCACGGUGCUCUCCUCGCUCAUCAUCAUUGUACUUUUCCCCAUCUCGGUCGGGACGAUCGUCCUCUUGCCAGCCAUGCUGGAGAUGAUCAGGAGGUUUGGGAGAUGGCAAGCCGGGUUGUCCGUAGAGUCUUUACAAUGA